AGAAUCAAAUACUAUUGAGUAUUGAGUUAAGUGCCGGAAAAAAGUUUCAAAAGGAAAACCAAAACAAGAAUUUCUUAAAAUGGCAUCAAUUUUGAGGACAGGUAAAUUCGUCAGAUACUUUGCUGGUUUUACAAGGAAUAUUGUAUUCAACAGCAUUAGAGAAACGGAAAAUAACUUAAUUCAGAAUACCCAAUGCAUUUGUGGAAAUUUCACCAGUAACUAUUCGAUUUCAACUUCAUCUAAAGCUGAUCAAACUCUUGAAAGAUCAUUAAAAAGAUUGGAUAAUGAUGUAAGACGUAUCGGAAGAAUAUCCCGUAGGGAUAUCGAAGAGGUUUUAGAAGAGAUUCGUAGUCAAAAGUCGGCAACAAGCUCACAGUCUUUAUUGAUAAUAAGAUGUUGUGGUAAUUUAGUACCUGAAGAAUUACCGGAAGUACGUACAUCGCUUGUACAGGAAAUUUGGAAAACUUUGAAUAUGCUGAAAGUGCCCAUGGAUAUUUCUCAUUACAAUGCACUAUUAAGAGUGUAUUUAGAAAAUGAACAUCAAUUUUCACCAACCGAUUUCUUAGCAGAUCUUGAAUCAAAAGGAAUAGAACCAAAUAGGGUAACUUAUCAACGUUUAAUAUCCCGUUUUUGUCAACAAGGAGAUAUCGAGGGCGCAACAAGAAUUUUGGAGUAUAUGCGCGAAAAGAAUUUACCUGUAAAUGAAAAUGUUUUUAAUGCAUUGAUUUUGGGUCACUCACAGGCUAAUGAUAUGGAAUCUGCAUCUGGAAUUUUAACUGUAAUGAAACAGGCUGGUCUUGAACCCAGUGCGGAUACAUAUACAAUUUUAUUGUGUUGCUAUGCAAAACGCGGGGAUAUUGAUACGAUUCUCAAAAUUAUGGAUGACUGUGAUGCAAAAGAAAUGUAUUUAUUAGACAAAGAUUAUCUUGAUGUAAUCUAUGCUUUGUCGGUGAAUGGAUUUGCCAGCAAAGUAGAUCCUGUUUUAGAAAAAAUACGGAAGUCAGCUGGAUAUAAUCAAGAUGCAAUUAGCGUAAUUUUAAGAUUGGUCAACAAGGGUAUUGAAGAUGUGGCAUUUAAAAUUUUGAAGACUAUGCCGCGUGGGACGAAGUCGAAUGGGGAACUAAAUGAUACGGGCAACUUCUUUGUCCGUCAGUUAGUAAAAGCUGAAAGACCUAUUGAAAACAUUAUAAAAAUUUGCAAAGAAAUGACUGAUGCCAAUCUGAAUUCAAAAGCUUUAUUAAUAGCGGCAGAAGCUAGUCUUGAGUGUGAAAAAACGGCACUGCCAUUGUUGAAAGAAAUGAAAAGUAAAGGAUUUCCAAUUAGACAACAUUAUUUCUGGCCUUUAAUUUGCUCAAGCGAGCCAAACGCAAUAUCUAAAGUUUUAAAAGACAUGCAAAAUGAUUUCGAAAUAGUUCCAAAUGCUGAAACUAUCCGCGAGUAUGUUAUACCGAAUUUAAAAGAAAAUAACUACGAAAGUAUAGUUGCCAUAUUAAGAAACGCAGGAGUAUCACCCGCAACAGCUGCUUCGUCAGCUGCAUUUAAUGCAUUGCAAAAAAAUAAUAUGAAGGACACUGUCACAAUUAUGCAAAACUCUAAAGCAUUUUAUUCACCAGCACUAUUCAGAAAACCACUCAUCAGUGCUUUGGGACGAACUCAAGAUUUUGAUUCAUAUGUAAAAAUUGUGCGAGAGAUAUAUGACAGUAUUCAGAGAUUAGAAAACUUAAAUGCCGCUAGUCAAUAUGACGAAGUAACUGAAGGAGAAGUUGUUAAUGAUUCUGAAGAGAAGCCAGAUGCUGCCAAAACAUUGCUAAGUAAGCAGAUCAAUACGUUAGGCAACAUUGUUAUGGAUGCAGUAGUUUACUUUAAAACUAACCGCGUCGAACCGGUAACUAAAAUUUUAGAAGGUCUUGUCGAACAAGGCCUGUCAAUUAGCAAUCAAUACGCAGAAAAAAUUCAGGAACGUUUAGGAGAACAAAUGACUGCAGAAAUUUCAGAUUUGUUAGGGAAAUUGAGUUCGGGAGACUUAGAGCCAAUUGAAGUGAUAAAACAAAAUCGAAAAGGAUCAAAGUUAGAAAAUAUGCCACUUGAUCAAUUAGAACGAUUUAUUGAGAAUGUAGAAGCAAAAGGGGAAAAUGCUAAUAAUUUAAAAAGGGCCUUGUUGUUAAAUAGUAUAAAAACAAAAGAUUUAUUAAAAAUCGAAAAAAUAGUAACAAAAUUGGAAAAUGAAAAAUAUCCUAUUGGAAAUGGUAUUUACGCAAUGAUAAUCGAUUUGAAUUGUCAAAACGGGAAUCUUUCUGCUGCUUUAGAAUUGUACGAAAAACUUCGUAGUAAAGAGCCUGAUUUCACGUUAGAUAACAUAAAGGUAAUCAAAAUAGCAGAACUGAUGGUUAAAGAAAACAAAUUUGAAGAAGCUGUUGAAUUUGUUAAAAAAAAUAAAAAAGAUAAUUUACCCGAAGAACCCUCUUUUAAUUAUACAACAACUUGCUGGAGAUUACUAAAUCAUUUGGCAGAACAAGGGGAGGUUGAAAAAUUGCAGAAAUUUUUUGAAACUUUAGUAGAAAGCAAUUACAUUGUACCAAAUAAUGUACUUCUUGGGCCUUUAAUUAAAGUCCACUUAGUUAAAAAUGACGUUAAGAAGGCUAUUGAAGUAUUUGAAAUCGUUUGUACUAAAUAUAAGACUACCCCAUGGAAAAAUGAAUUGGCAUGUCGUCUUAUUCAAGUAGAAGAUGCGCAAAAUUUACAAAGAUUAACAGAUUUGAGCACAAGCAUUCAUGGAGAGGUCAACAGUUUGUAUGAUUUAGUAUUUUCAUUUGUAGAAUGUGGUAGAAUUCGGCAAGCGAGGAAAAUUCUCGAAACUCCUGGAUUGAGAAAUAGACCACAGCGUAUCAACUCGGCUUGUGAACGUUAUCAUCAAGAAGGUAUGGUUCAACCGUUAGAAGGACUUGUAGAAGCAACAAAAGAUUUAAAUCAUAUUGAUAGAAAUAACAUAUUCUACAAUCUAUUACUAAGCUAUUGCAAAGAAGAUCAACCAGAAAAAGCUCUAGGAUUAUGGACAAAAAUGCAAGAAGAAGACAUCACACCUUCGGAUCAGUUUUUGUUAAAGCUUGCUGACUUUUUGAAAAGCAAAAAUGUAGAAAUACCAUUUGUUGUUCCUUCAACCAAAGCAAAAACUAACACAUCUACUUCUCAAGCAACAUCUGCAACCAAAACACAGGAACAAAAAAAUGAAAUUACUUCUACCCACCAAAAGAUGCGACAAGCUCUCAAAUCUAAAAAUAUUGAUGAAGCUCUAAAAUUUUCAAAAGAAGUAUCAAAUGAUAAAUUAACUAUUGCCGACAAAUCUUACUUAAUCGAAUUACUUUGCCAAUCUGAUCGCCUCAAUGAGGCAAAUAAAUGUGUAGAGGAAAUGCUUGAAUCUAAGCAAUAUCCACUUGUUAGGAUCUUUAAGUUUUACUUAAAUAAGCUGGCAAAUAGUGGGGAUAUUGUAAUGAUGGAUAAAAUUAGUCAAUAUCUCGAUAAUGAAGCAAAAAAAAUGGUGUCGUUCGACAACAGAUAUUGCCAUGCAAAUAUAAAAUCUGGUAAAACUGAACAAUACUUAAAUAAAUUGAAACAAGAUUUAGAAUCUGCUCAAAAUGAUCAAGAAAUAGCUAAAGUAGCUGAAAAAUUUCCACGUGGGGGAGCUUCAGGAAUCUUAGAAUCACAUCCAGAGUUAAUUGAGAAAUUUAAAGAAGUUGCGGCAGCUUAUGCUAACAAAAAUAUUUUGGGUCCUAUGAAUGUUCUUUGGGUUCACUAUUUUGCAAACGAUAACGAAACCAAAGCGCAAGAAAUUUGGGAUAAAUAUUUAAAAUCGUCUCCAAGAUUAAUGUUUCAAAGAAUUCUCCAAAUUGCUCGUGAGAAGCAAGAUGAAAGUGUAAUAGAUAAAUUAGUUUUAAAAUUAAAAGAGAGUAAAGUAUCAGAAGGCGCUCUUGGAAAUGCUUAUAGUUGUUAUUUAGAUAUUUUAAGUACAAAAGAAAAGUAUGACGAAGCUUUGGAAGUAUUAAAAACUAAAAUUCUGGCAGAUGUAUGUUUGGAGAAUAUAAAUAAAACAGCUUUAAAUAGAUUAAAAACUGGUAUAGAAGCAAGUGGAAAAAAAUUUCCGUAUGAUAUACCAAAGAGAUCCCCUCAUAAUGAUGAUACUUCAUCAUCAAGUUCAAGUAGUUCUAGCUCCAGUGAUGAAGAAGCAGAUAAAUCAAAAAAAUCUACUAAAUUGGGCUAGUUUUGUCAAAACCUUUUUAAAUUAGUUUUUUUUUUUUUUUAUAAAUAUGUUUAAGCAUUUUGUUGUGAAAAGUAUUGAAAAAGUUGUAUUUAGCAAAAAAGAAAUAUAAAAAUUAAAACAA